ACUGCUUCUCUCUCUCUCUCUCUCUCUCUCUCUCUCUCUGAGAAGGGGGUCUGUUACUUUUCUUUUUCUUUCCUUUCUUGAGUUUUCUUGAAGUGUGCGUGGAUUGUGGAAUACACAAAGUGAAUAUUUUUAUUGCUUUGCAUCAGUUUUAUACUUGAUCUAGUUACCAACUCCAGUGGAAAGAGUUCAACUUUCUAGUCUUCUUAUUAAUUCAUAUCCCUGCCAUGGAAAACUCUGAGUUCUGUUCCUCACAAUUCAUGAGCUCAAGUUGUUGUUCUCAACACACACUUGUUCUUCUGGCUCUUGCCCUUUUCAUAACCAAAGACUGUUCUUCUGCCUUGUUCCAUAACCUUCCUUCUUCUCAUUGCUUUGGUGUCACUAUAUGUGGGUCUUCUUCAAUUUAACCUCUAUUUGUUCUUCUUGCUUCAAGCAAUAAGCUUCCAAAGGUUUACUCUUUUUUUUCUUCUUCUUCUCCUAUUUAUUGUCCUGUUGUUCUGUUGACUCACUUCUGAAGAGGGUGUCUUUGGAAAUUGGUGUGGAGAUGGGAGUGGUUUUGGCACUGAUUCUGCAGCUGGUGAAGCUCUGCAUCAUUGGCUUUGUUGUGGAAUUCCAAGGAUCUGAAGGGUCUGUUAUAUCCCCAUCUCCAGCAUUCCUUCCAGUCAUUCAUCCUAGUGGAGAAGCACCUGCUCCUAUCCAUCAUGGACUGUCAUGGGAAAGCAGUCCUCCAAAAUCACCUUCAGAUCCAAAUGAAUUUGGUAUAUCCCCAUCUAAUGAAAUCAUACCUGUGGAUCCUUCCCCCAGUGAACCACCUGGUACUUUACACCCAAGAGAACCAUGGAGAACUAUUGCACCAAUCCCUCCAGAAGUACCAAAUGGGUCAUUCUUGCCCCCUCCAGUUACUACAUUACCACCUCCAACAUCAGCUCCAACUCCUCAGAAGGUAAAAGGAUUUGAACCAUCUAUAUCUCCUAGUCCUAGUACAAGCACCAUAGCAUCAUCACCACCAGCACCAUAUAAUGCUGCUCAUGCACCAUCAACUUCUGAAGGGAGUGUGCCACCAUCCAUACAACCAAGUCCACCUCAAAGCAAAACAACACCUGCUAUUAGGCCUCCUGUGUCCACACCAAUUGCUCCAGCUCCAAUUGCAAUAACUUCUGGCAAUUUGCCAAAAACUUCACCUGUCAGCCAGCCAAUUGAACAUGGAAGUUUGCCUCCUAAGAUUGAUGAGAGGAAUAAGAGUCACAAGCCAGAGCCAGCUUUGCCAGCACUAGUUCCAAUACCAUCUACCAUAUUACCCAAAAUUUCACCUGUAAGCCAACCAACUGAAAACGGAAGUUUGCCUCAUAGAGAGGGUGCAAAUAAUGGUCACAUUUCAGAGCCAAUUUCACCAGCCCCUACAGUAUUCAGUUUUCCUGAACACUCGCCAGAGAGUCAGCCAACUGAACAUGGAAGUUUGCCUCCAACUGUCCCCAGAAGGAAUAUCAACACUGGUCGCACACUGGAGCCAGUUUCACAAGCCCCAGUUGCAACAGCUCCUGCAAUUUUGCCAAAAAAUUCAUCAGUCAGUCAACCUACUCAUCAUGGAAAUUCCCCACCUGAUGUUCAAAAUAGAACAGCAAAUAAUGGUCACAGUCACACCCCAGCACCAGAAAUGCCACCAUCAGUUACACCACCACGUCCAUUUCCAGUAGAUCCUCCAUUGGUCCACCCAGUCAUACCAGCAGCACCUCCACCAAAAUCACCAGCACCUGGUGGAGAACCAGUUUCUGCACCUGUGUACAAAACACCAAAGCCACCAUCAGCUAUAGUGCAUUUCCAUGCUCAAGCACCUGUUGUCUCUCCUGUAUCAACACCUUCUAGAAGCUUCAAUUGGACCAAAGGUGGAGAACCAGUUUCUGCACCUCCAUACAAAACACCAAAACCACUACCAGUUAUAGUACAUUCCCCUGCUCAAGCUCCUUCUUCUGCACACAAAGCAAGACAAUUUCACCAUGCUCCUGAGCCACCGAUUUCAUCUCCUGAAUCUCCUUUCAACAAAGAUCAUCCUCCUGCGUCUUCACCUUCAACCACAUUUUAUAAGCAUCACCAUACAAGGAACACAGUCACCAGCCCUGCUCCUGCAUCAUCACAUUCUAUUUCUCCUUCCACUUCAAAACACCAAGAUGGAUCAAAUCCUCCCUUGCCGCUUCCAACAAGUAGGCAAAGACAUCAUGCUCCACCACCAAUGAACACAGGUUCCUCAGUUUCCCCAUCUGGCCUCCCUAUUCAGUCACCAGUGAGCCAAGUUUCACCUGCUCCUUCUCCGCUAUUCAAAAUAUCCCCCCACUCAACCAAAAUUCCAUUGCCUCCUCCUAAAGUGUCUCCUUCUCGGCCUUCUUCCAAGACCCCUAAGAAGCCAGUUCGGCCUCGUUUUCAAGCACUGCCACCCCCACCUCCAAAUGAAGAUUGUAUAUCUCUGGUUUGCUCAGAUCCCUAUACAAGUACUCCACCUGGAGCACCUUGCAAAUGUGUGUGGCCCAUGAAAGUCGGUCUUCGCCUUAGUGUUUCUCUGUAUACUUUCUUCCCUUUGGUUUCAGAGUUUGCUUCUGAAAUUGCCACUGGGGUUUUCAUGAAGCAAAGUCAAGUUCGCAUUAUGGGAGCUGAUGCAGCAAACCAGCAACCUGAUAAAACUAUUGUAUUCGUUGAUUUGGUACCACUUGGGGAAGAAUUUGAUAACACUACAGCCUUUUUAACUUCUGAGAGAUUUUGGCAUAAACAAGUUGUUAUAAAGACUUCUUACUUUGGUGAUUAUGACGUGUUAUAUGUGACCUAUCCAGGUUUGCCUCCAUCUCCUCCUUUACCUCCUUCAAGCAUUUCCAUAAUCGAUGGUGGUCCGUAUUCGGGUGGUGGCAAUAAUGGUAGGACAAUAAAACCCCUUGGGGUUGACAUAUCAAAGAGGCAGCAUAAAGGUGGACUUAGCAAGGGCAUAAUUGCUAUUAUUGCUCUUUCAGUUUUUCUAGUAGUUGUUUUAUGCUUUGCUGCUGCUUUGGCAUUGUUCAAGUACAGAGAUCAUGUGAGUCAACCACCGUCAACCCCACGGGUUUUACCUCCUCUUACCAAAGCACCAGGUGCUGCUGGAUCAGUAGUUGGAGGUGGGCUUGCUUCAGCUUCGACAUCAUUUCGAUCUAACAUUGCUGCUUACACAGGAUCUGCUAAGACUUUCAGCAUGAAUGACAUUGAGAAAGCCACAGAUAAUUUCCAUGCUUCCAGAGUACUUGGAGAAGGUGGUUUUGGGCUUGUUUAUAGUGGUACACUUGAAGAUGGGACAAAAGUCGCAGUCAAGGUUCUAAAAAGAGAGGAUCAUCAUGGCGACCGUGAAUUCCUAUCUGAAGUUGAGAUGCUUAGCCGCCUUCACCAUAGAAACUUGGUUAAGUUGAUUGGUAUAUGCGCAGAGGUCAGCUUCCGCUGUCUAGUUUAUGAACUCAUUCCAAAUGGCAGUGUGGAAUCCCAUUUACAUGGAGUUGACAAGGAAAACAGCCCACUUGAUUGGAGUGCUCGGUUAAAGAUAGCUCUCGGUUCUGCUCGUGGACUGGCUUAUCUACAUGAAGAUUCAAGUCCCCAUGUCAUACAUAGGGACUUCAAGUCGAGCAAUAUCUUGCUGGAAAAUGAUUUUACACCAAAAGUAUCGGAUUUUGGAUUGGCCCGAACAGCAGCUGAUGAGGGGAACAGACACAUAUCAACACGAGUGAUGGGAACUUUUGGUUAUGUGGCUCCGGAGUAUGCAAUGACGGGACAUCUUCUUGUGAAGAGUGAUGUUUACAGCUAUGGUGUUGUCCUCCUUGAGCUUUUGACCGGAAGAAAACCAGUAGACAUGUCACGACCUCCCGGUCAAGAAAAUCUCGUUGCAUGGGCUCGUCCAUUACUCUCAAGCGAAGAAGGAUUGGAAGCAAUGAUAGAUCCAUCUCUAGGACAUGAUGUGCCUUCUGAUAGUGUGGCUAAGGUUGCAGCCAUUGCUUCAAUGUGUGUACAGCCAGAGGUGUCGGACCGUCCCUUCAUGGGCGAGGUUGUUCAGGCUUUAAAACUUGUGUGCAAUGAAUGUGAUGAGGCAAGAGAAGCAGGUUCUAGCUCUAGUUCUGUUGAUUUAAGUCACUCUAGACAACCAUCAGAUAAUUUACAAGGCCAAUUCUCAGCCACCAACUAUGAUUCUGGAAUUGAUAUUGAAAAUGGGUUGUUAGCAUCAGAGUUAUUCAGCUCAUCGGCGAGAUAUGGAAGGCGAGUGUCCGGAUCGUUUAGAAGGCAUUCUUAUUCAGGUCCUCUGAAUACUGGAAGAAGCAAGAGGUUGUGGCAGAUAAUUAGAAAGCUUUCUGGCGGUAGUAUCAGUGAACAUGGAACUAUGUUUAAGUUAUGACCAGGUUUCAAUUGAGCCAAAUUGCAAGUUUUCAACUUUCUUCUGUGCAUACUGCUCUCCCUCACAUUGUUAAUGUGCAGUUCACAACUCUACUAGAGGCAUUGCACCUCUCUGCCUGAGCCAUUGGAAGUUUGACAAGAGAAUACAAGCAAGUUGUAAAUAGGUUUUGACAUGCUUUUUCUGCUAACCUGCAAGAUCAUGUGUAUGUAACUGGUACUAACUCUUUGAAGAGGGGAAACAAAUGCAAAUCUAGUUUGAAAAUAGAAGAUGACUGAAGAUGGCCUUUACUAAGACCUCCAAUUGCAAAUACAACAUACAAGAUAUAGUCUAUGCAGUUGCAGCAUCAAAAUAAUAUAAUGUUCAAAUUGUCAAAGCCACAUGUAUCAAGAGGAGGGGAUGGAAUGGAAUCUAGUUAAUUAGUUGUGUAGAACAUGAUUAUAUAACGAAUACAUUGCUGAAUUUACACAGGCCACUCUUUUUUUAAAUAUCUUUGUGAUGAUAGUUUCGUCAUCAGAUUUUUAUAACUUCAAUGACAAUAGUGUAAAAUCUGCU